AUGGCUGCUACCUCCCAGGCUACCGCUACCAGCUGCGCCCAGGCCAGCUGGGACGCCAGGACCAUCGCUCACUCCGCCUCCGCGAUCCCACCGCUGCUCGACUUCCACAUGUCUCCCUCCAUCGCUCCCUUCACUCGCCCGCAGCCACUCCCCUUAGACCAUCACUGGGCCGCAAAUCCACAACAACCACCACCACCGCCGCCCUCUACCAACACCGCAACCGCUGCCGCCAACAGCCCGCCCAAGGACGUCGCGCUCACCCUGCGACGCGAGAAGGAGUUGCUCGAGGCUUCCGUCCCCAUCACAUACACCCCCGCCACCCACAGAAUAAGCAAGGCCAAGAAGGGGAAACGAGUCCACCUCUGCCAAUUCCCAGGCUGCAAGAAGAUUUUCACCAGAGCUGAACAUAGACGGCGUCACGAAUUGAACCACAACCCCCAGGCGUCAUUCUUGUGCUCGGUGGAAGGCUGCGGAAAAGGGUUCCAUCGCCAUGAUCUGCUCACACGCCAUAUGGAGAAACAUGACUCACAAGCACGGAAUCGUAAGCCAUCUCCCGUCCGGCGCAGGAAGAGCAGCCAGGCGUCUGUUCUCUCCGACAAACCCGCUUCCAUCCCCGUCCCUCUCCCAGACCACGGAUUGACACCCAUUGGUCGGGCUCUCCCAAUAACUACUACAACAACUGCAACAACUGCUACGUCCUCACUCGCCCCGCCUCCCUCUACGCUUCCGCACUGUUACGGAGGGGAAUUUACAGCCCCCUUUUGGGGCCAAACCGGAAAGCCGCUGGACAAGGGUCAUACGGUGCCCCAGACCCCAUACGCCCACGUUGACGAUGUAGUCCCGUUCUCCUCCCCCGCCAGCUCGCGCUCGUCGUCGAACAGCAGUCCAUUCCCCAUCUCUUCUCAGUUCUCCGUAAUCGAGCAAUUCCCAGAGGCCGUUUUCUCCCAGCAACUCACAACCUCCCCCACGCCGAUGACAUCCUACCCUGAGUGGACUCCCCUCGAGGCAGCCGUCACUCUGCCUCCGCAGAUGUUGCCUACCACCCAGUUCGGAGGUGACAUCCCGCAGACAGUAGGUGAACCUUCCCUUAUCUAUUGGACAUCCAACCGGAAGGUUGUUGACCCUGGCCCAGCCGUACCAGUACCCCUCUCCAACCUGGAUGGAGUCGAAUGGUUUGCUCUACGACGCGAACUUACUUCCACCCCCGGAGUCCUUUCAGGCAAUGAUGGACUGGCAAUAAUCGACCUCUCAAAAUGGCAGGAUUGUUUCGAGUGUUACUGGCAGUACUUUCACCCGUUGUUCCCAAUCGUGCAUCGGUCGUCUUUCUUCUCCACAAAGCCGAGUCCCCUGAUGGCUGGGGCCAUGGUUGCUAUUGGUUCGCAGUACGAUCGUCGUCCAAACUCGCAGGAAUAUUCUUUGGCAUUACUAGAGGCCUGCCAAAAGAUCUUGUCAAAGCGAGGUCCCAUUACCAGCCGUUCGCGAAUAUCUGAUAUCCAGGCAGUCUUCUUACUUGAAAUUCUGUCCAAGUACCGGUCGCGAAAAGCGGAUGUGAAGGUUUCUCAUCGAUUGAGAGCUCUAUAUGGCAGUUUUAUUCAGGACAGCCAUUGGGCUUCUCAGAACCCGCUUGCCGCUUACCAGAGCCUAUCUCAGAAGCCAAGCACAGACGACAUCAGAAAAGCACAUAAAUUCUGGGUUGAGCACGAGACACGACGAAGAGUCCUGCAAGCAGCUUUCAUCCUCGAGGUGCAACAGUCGCUUUUAUUCCAGCAGCCAUUGGCCACGUUCCUCCAGUCAACCUUGGAUCCCACUAUGAGAGAAUAUCGAGUCUCUCCAAAGGUCGACCUCCCAUUCCCCUGCAGCUCUGAGCUUUGGGAAAUCAGCGACAUUGAGCAGUGGGCUCAGUCUGCGAAGAAGUAUGACCCGCUAGUCUCUUCCAGCGCAAGGGAACGCAUCAUCAAGUCUGCCGACGGCUCUGGAAUCGAUCUCGAUCCAUUUCAAGCUAGUCUCAUUUUUAGCCAGAGUCUACCCAAUACGAGCGACCUAGAAGAUAAAAUGAAUAUGUUCAUCGAGAAGGUCGCAGGCAAAGCCAGCUCGGAUGAUGCUUGCAACCCUCGAGCGUCUUAUAUCCGGUUCAUGCACCAUGCACUCCUUGCCGCCAAGCACGCACCGCUCCAGGCGCUUUUGACCGUCAGCGGAGAAUCCUGGCUUUUCAACCGCAAGGUUUCUGAAACCGACUUCCAAACUGCAAAGGAACGGGUGCACGCUUGGGUUUCAAACGCUGCAGAAGCGAAAACGGCACUGUGGCAUGCCAUGCACGUUCUGCGAUGCACAAUCGGACCAACGGAUCUAAAUAAAUCGGAAGUCCCGAUUCAGGAACAGCGUCGAGCGAGUAUGGAUCUGCACUUUUCGACCCCAGUUCAAAAGACAUUUCUGAACUCGCGACAUUCCACCCCAGGCGUUUCUUCUACUUCUCAAAGGCGCAAAGUUAGCGCCAAAGAUGCCUUGCUUGGCAACCCUACGACGACCCUCCAGCAGCCAUCAGCUUCUCCCCUCACGAUGCUCCAGUCCAAUUGGAUACUAUACUUUUGCUCGUUGAUCUGUUGGGCAUACGAAAACCGCACGACAGCAUCCCCUUUCCAAAUUACGACCAAUCCUUCACUUUCUACUCCAGUUUCACCAAUACCCCCAAUCUCUGUACAUCAGUAUAUUACAACGUUCCUCUCCACCGCCUCUUCUCUCCGACAAUUCCUCGACCAGCCAACGCCGCAAAAUACCCUGGGUCAUGACCUAACGUCAGUUAUUGAACACAUUCGUCUUAUUAUUUUUAGAAAUGCACGAGGCAUUCGGAACGAUGGUGGGCUUUUGAACGAAGCCGAGCGUGUUUUGAUGAGAUUGAUUGAGCAGCAGCAACAGCGAGCGAAGCAGCAUUUGCAUUAUUUUCAGCGUCCGCAUCCGCAUCCGCGCCAGGUCCAGCAUAAUCAGAGUCAUCAACAGCAUCAGGCAGCAUGGGAGUUUGUUGAUUCGGGAUUUUGA